UCUAGAUUCCGAAUCUUCUCAGGAGCGACCCGGGUCCUGCUUCACUCCUCCAGCCAUGGACCUUAGCCUGUCCCCAUCUUCUCAACGUGCCUUGUCCCUGUCUCCUUCUCCCUCCUCCCCAUCCUCCCCCUGCCCUCCCUCACCUUUGGAGUCACAACACAGCAGCAGCCCUCAGCCACAUCUCCUUUCUCGGGAAGCAUCUUGGCAUCACAGUGUUGAAGGUAGAGCCUCUCAGCCUGGAUUUCCAUUUUAUCUCUCCAUGAGGAGCCUCCAAAGAGGCUACAGCUUUCCCUCUCCGUCUUCAAUGUUCAUCAGUCAGCAAAGAGAUAAACCUGUUUCUCCGGAGCCCUCCCAGGAUGGCCAGCUGAUCUGUCGGUGGAAGAAGUGUAACCUGCUUUUCGACUCACUUCAGGAGUUGGUGGAUCACAUUAACGACUAUCAUGUUAAGCCUGAGAAGGAUUCUGGUUACUGCUGCCAGUGGGAGGGGUGUGCUCGUAACGGGAGAGGCUUUAACGCCAGGUACAAAAUGCUGAUUCACAUUCGCACCCAUACCAACGAGAAACCGCACCAUUGUCCCACCUGCAACAAGAGCUUUUCGCGUCUGGAGAACCUAAAGAUUCACACUCGCUCACACACAGGCGAGAAGCCCUACAUAUGCCCAUACGAAGGGUGCAACAAACGCUACUCAAACUCUAGUGACCGCUUCAAGCACACCCGCACCCAUUAUGUGGACAAGCCUUACUACUGCAAGAUGGUGGGCUGUAUGAAACGCUACACCGAUCCCAGCUCCCUACGAAAGCACAUCAAGGCCCACGGGCACUUUGUGGCCCAGGAGUCGAGCCCUUCCACAAAGCUGCGGGCAGGAAUGGAGCUGGGGUUUUCCGGGCACCAGAGCACCGCUGACUUGCCGUCUGUAGGUGGGGGGCAUGUCUUCCUUCCAGGGCCGGCUCUUCUUGGGGGUCUCGGAUCAUCCUUGCCCCUAUCCGCUCUCUGCCACUCAGGGGCUUUAGAUCAUCAUCGAGCCCCAAUCUUCUCUAUGAGUGGAGGAGGACGAUGUGGUAUUGGACCGCUUGGCCUUUCAGACUCUGCGCUGUUACACCUGAGACUCUCAGCUGCAUCCAUGCUGGGGCUGGGAGCUCUAGGAGGCCUGGGCCAGGUUAAUGGAAAGGAGCCAGAGGGGGACAAUGAGAACGAGGGAAAAAAAGAAGGAGAGGCUCUUAACUUGUCUGUAGGAGUGGGAUCCACAAAGAGGGAUCCAUUGUCUUGGGUGGUCGUUCCUUCAAACACGUUUUUCCUUAAACCUACAGCUGUUAGUUAGGAAGUGCAGUCAAUGCCAAUAGUAGUUAGUGUUCACUCACAUCGCUGGAGAAGCUUAUCAGAAAAUAACCAAGUCACAUUCUAGCAAAGCUUGAUUGUUUAUUUCAAAUCUGCAAGUCUUUAGUGCUAUAAAUGAGCAUCAAUUACCUGAUUGAUUUAAUCAACAGAUUCAGAAAUUAUUUUAAGGUGAAUGUGUGACAUAUUUUUUAAUAACAGAAUACUCCACAUUAUAAGUAUUAGAUUUUUCAGAAACGAUAUGGCACAUCAGUAUAGUCACAGAGUUCAUUUCAUACCAAAUUUUUCCACGACCUACAAAACCCUUAGCCAUGUUAAUAAGGCGUCUUUGGAUUUUGUUUUGUACAGUAACGUGAGUGUGUAACAAGGUCCCCUGAGAGAUCUUCUCAGCUCUCUACAGGAACACUAAUUAGCCCUCUGCACAAUAAGAAAGGUCUUAUUACAGAUAUAACUUGUAAUUUUAUUAUGUAGAAGCUUGACUGGCUGAAUAGUAUUCUUUCUGUGGGUAUCAGCUGCUUUAUUGCUUAUAUUAUAUUAUAGCUCUGAACUGAACCGACACAUUUUUGUACCUGUAAUGCAUGAUGGUGGGACAAAAAAUUGCAUCAUUAUACAGAUGACAUUGUGAUGUUUUUUUUAGAUCACAGAAAAAGAAAGUAACUUUACCCAAUUGAUUGUGAGGCUUUGGCCUACUCUUGUAUUUAGGGAUUCUUUUAAAAGCUUCUUCGUUGCUGCAUUCAAAGACAAUGAUCCAGGCAGGAUCAGCCACGCAUCUUUAAGGGACUGGUUAGCUAUCAAGAGAGACAAAGGUGUGUGUAGGUGCACAUCUGCUUCAUUUAAAUGCCAAUAUGGAUAUAGGCAGAUACUAAGAUGCUGAAUAAUAGUAGCCAUCUGAAUCUCUAAGUGUUUAAUGCACAAUCCAAGACCAUACGGAAAUCCAUCUACAUAGUUGUGUGUUAUUGCAUGUUGGGAAUCUUGAUGUUGCUCUAUUUAAACCAGUAUACACUGCCAGUGUGCGCAAAUUGUACUGCUAACAUUAGCACAGAUAUUUACUUGUUCUUUGCGAUAUAAAAUGAGUGAAAUUUACUACUUUGUUAUUUUUUUAAAUAUUGUGAAUAAUUUAAGGCACAGGUUAAAACCUUUACAUUGCAAAAAAUGCAGAAAAGAUGAAAGAGACAUCUCUUAAAGACAUUUUUGACAAUGGUCACACGGCCAGUAUCUGCACUCAUUUAUUGUUUGCACAUAAUUUACAUCAGUAUAUCAAAAGUGCCUUACAUCUGAAUUAUAGAAACAGAAUUAUUUACUCAUGUGUACAAGUGUUGAAGUGUACUUUUUUAAAGUGACAGCAGAUGUUAUUUGGACAUCGGGGCGGAUCGCUGCACUUUGCAUUGACAUCAACAUGCUGUUGAUCUGACUUGGAUGCUAUUAAAUGUCAAUAAAAAAAAUAAAGUAAAU